AUGAGUGGCAUAUACUCUGGAGUCCAAAAACGAAUAAAAGACAAAGUACCUACUGCAUCUUACAUUCACUGUUGUGCCCACAAUUUGAAUUUAGUCAUAUCAGAUGCAGCUAAAAUUUCUCAAAAAGUGGUAUCAUUUUUUGAAACCAUUCAAGCGGUUUUCAAUUUCUUUAGGGUCAGUGCUCCAAGGUGGGCUUGUUUAGCAUUUGGUAAUGAUGAAUACAGAAAGGUUAAACUAAAAGUUUUAAAAAAAGUGUGCCCAGCCCGAUGGGAAUCACGACAUGAGUCUAUUAAUGCAUUGAAGUUGAGGUUUAUAGAUGUCUUGAAAGCAUUAACUAAUAUAUCUUUAACCAGUACUAAAAAAGAUGAAAAAGCAUCUAGUACAUCUUUAAAAAAAAAACUAGAAUCCAUAGAAUUUGUCCUUAUUUUAUGUUUUUGGGAAAAGGUAUUGAGAGCACUAGAUGGGGUAUCCAAAUCACUCCAAAAUCCGAAUACAAAUUUGCAAAAUGCAUGUCAAAACAUAAAAGAAGCUAAAACAGUUAUAGAAAAUUUAAGAGAUAAUUAUGGAAAUAUAUUACUGGAAUGUAAAGAUUUAUGCUCUAGAUGGGGAAUUUCUCUUAAUUUUCAUAUGAAAAGAAAUAUGUUUGCAUCAAAAUACUUUGAUGAAGUUGAUGGUGAUCGUCGUUUAAAUGUAACCAAUGAAAAUUUCCGGAUUAAAAUUUUUUUACCUGUAAUUGAUACAGUACUAUUCCAAUUAAACUCAAGGUUUCAAAGAUUACAACAAGUAACAGAGAAUUUUAAUUUUUUAUUUCCUACAAUUUUGAUUAAAUUGAAUGAAAAUGAAAUCGCUAAAGCUUCGAUGGACUUUUUUUAUUUAUAUAAUGAUGACAUUUUUCCAGACUUUACCAGACAAUUAUUGUGUUUAAAAGGAUUAUUAAACACAACAAUUCAAACAAUUAAGGACCUUGCUUUGUUUAUAGUUAAAAAUGAUUUCUGUACAACAUACUGUGAUGUUAUAACACCAUGUAUAAUUUAUAUUUCAUUGCCAGUGACAGCACAGCAACGGCGGAAAGGUUGUUCUCAAAAUUAA